AUGGAUCACCCGGCGAGCGGUUGCGCAGCGGUGUUUUGUAAUCUGUCAGACUGUAUAACUUAUAAGCGUUUUUUUGCCAUGUCUUCUGGAAAGGAAGGUUGGCUUUCGGCUGUAACUAAACUCUUUUCUGGUGGAGAACAAUCCAAUGAUCCUCUAUCAGAUCAACCUAAUCUAAGUGGUCGAAUUUCACCAACAAGCAGCAAUCGACUUAGCCCGACUCGGAAGUUCGUCCCAGUGAACGGAGGCUCUACCUUGACGUCAACAUUUGAGUCGGGACUGCAGUCAUCACGAAGUUUACGAUACUUGAGUCCAUCUGUGUUAGAACGUGGUGUUUCCAAACCUGGUGUAUCCAGACCACUCCCUGCUGAAGACAUUUUCGUUGAUACAUCAACAGCACCGCGCAAGCGACCACUUGUACAUGACCAACGCCCUGCAACUGCUAUGGACCUCUAUUUGAAUCGCGACAAUCCUAAACGGUCCAGAAAAGAACAGUUUACAAAUAGCAUGCUUGACGAAGAAAGUCCACGAAUGUUCUCAGAUCGCCUUAACUCCACGUGGGUAGGGAGAUCCUUAGGAGACUCUUCAUCAUGUGUUGAAUUCUGCCAUUCACCUAGCUCUUCGAAUAGAUCGCUGAUAGGGUGA